AUGCUCCGCCGCAAACCAACAGCUAUAACAAUCACCCCGGAAGACCUAAUCGCGUUCGAAGAAGAACGACUCCAAAAACUGGAACAAGAAGCAGCCAACAAACUCAACGCUGAGGGAGGAGGCGAGGGAGACGCUCGAUCCGAAUCUACGCUCAAUACCUCGGGCAAGAAAUACGACCCCAAUGAUGAGUUGAAGCCUUUACCGGGCGAUAAGGCGAGGAUUGUGAGAUCAAGAGAUGAGAGGAUUGGGGUUGGGAGGAGGGCUUGA